AUGCCUUUAACAGAAUACAACGAGAAGACCCCUCUCCUCACUUCAGACACCGAUCAAUCUUCUCUCGCUCCCAGUGAAGCUACAGCGUCUGCCAAAGAGGUUGAGGUUGCUCGCGAUGUCGCUUCCCAGACCAAGGACAUUGCGGAAGAAAAGCCUCCUACUGGACCCGUUGUUCGAGUCCAAUGGGAAGAAUGGAUGGCGUAUAGUAUCAGAUAUAGAAUCAGAUACGAUCGACCUGUCGAGUAUGAUGAGAAGGGUAGAAAAUACAAUUGGAGUAUCUGGUGGUUGGGUCUCGGUCUCAAGCAUUAUCAUCCGACUGAUAACAGUUCGAGUCGAAAAGGUAAAUUUAAGAUAGUCAAAGGGGAGAAAGGAAGAUACCCGGAUGAAGAAUAUAUCUGGCCCAAAGGCAGAGGUAAGAAAGUUUGA